AUGACCCUCCCAAUCAAUUGGCUGGAUGCAUUUCUAGCGGUGCUCGCGUUGUUCUUUGUAAAGAAACUCAUUCAGAAAAGGCCCAUCCACCCACUUCCUCCUGGCCCCAAAGGGCUCCCGCUGGUGGGCAAUGUUCUCGAUGUUCCUUCGAAAACGCCUUGGUUGACUUUUGCAAAGUGGGGUGAGGAAUAUGGGGAUAUAUUUUCCAUCAAAGAAUUUGGACGACAAACGAUCGUCAUCAACUCUGCAUCGGUAGCCUUAAGCAUGUUAGAGAAGAAAAGUCUGCUGUACUCUAAUCGACCACAUUUGACAUUGGCCGGCGAUCUGGUGGGUUGGAAUCAGUCUACCGCAUUUCUGCAAUAUGGCGUCCGCUUCCGUGAAUAUCGCAAGAACCUCUACCGUACCAUUGGCAGUCGUGCUAGCUUGGAAAAGUAUCAAACUCUCAUAGAGACCAAGUUCCACCAUUUCCUACGAAAUGUAUUGAAUGACCCGUCAGAUCUAGCUGCUCACAUCCGGACGGCUGUUGGAUCGAUCAUACUUCGGAUUUCUCAUGGAUAUGAAGCUCAAAACAUCAACGACCCCUACCUCAAAGUAGCUGAUAUAGCAAUACACUACUUUUCUAUCACCACUACCGCCGGUGCAUUUUUGGUAGAUAUUGUGCCUUUGUUACGUUACCUCCCCAAUUGGUUUCCAGGGACGGGCUUCAAGGCAAUAGCAAGGGCUGGAUAUGAGAGUUUAAAGGAAAUGACCGAUCAACCUCAUGAAGAUGUCAAGGAGAAAAUGAAAACGGGCACGGCCUUGCAUUCUUUCACUUCGGAACUACUUGCAGAUCGAACUGUCUCGGCAGAGGAAAAACAUAUAAUAAAGUGGUCGGCUCAGACUAUAUACUCUGGUGGCGCAGACACGACUGUAGCAGCCAUCUACGCUUUCUUUGUCGCGAUGACACUAUUCCCUGAAGUACAGAAGAAGGCACAAGCCGAAAUCGACAGCGUGAUUGAUAACAACAGGCUCCCGACUACCGAUGAUCGUGAGGCUCUCCCUUAUGUCAAUGCCAUGGUAUCAGAAGUACUGCGGUGGCAUUCGCUCGCUCCGCUCGGUGGUGCUCAUGUUGCAGUGGAGGACGAUGUUCACGAUGGUUAUUUUAUACCAAAGGGUUCUUUGAUUGUCCCAAACAUAUGGAAAAUGCUCCAUGAUCCCAAAACUUAUAGAUAUCCUGCAGAGUUUGAUCCAGAACGAUUCAUAGCUUCUGAAGAUAAACCGGCAGAAACUGAUCCCCGCAACGUGUGUUUUGGUUUUGGUAGACGGAUAUGUCCAGGAAUGGUUCUAGCAGAGUUAUCCUUAUUCAUAUCUUGUGCUAUGGUGUUGAGUGUAUUUGAUAUUUCAAAGUGUGUCGAGGAUGGUGUGCCCAUUACGCCGGAAGUUGGACAGACCGAGGGAACUAUAAGUCAUCCCAAGCCUUUCAAGUGCUCCAUCAGAGUCCGGUCUGAAAAGGCGUUGUUUUUGAUUCAACAAGACGCAUAAGAACUUCUUGUUUUGUUUCAAUAGCUGUGGAAAGUAUAUGCCUAUACGUCCGCUGUAAACACAUCCUGUAGAACAUCUUUGGUACCUGAUCGAUUUACAAUCAAAACUUGAACUAGGAGAAUAUACUACCCGUGUGUGACCAACAUAAGAUUUAUGUACCUUUUUAUGUAGUUGAAUGUCGAACUGUCGUUGAGUAAGAUAGUGACAUACUCACUUGUUUGAAGAAUCACAGUGGACCCUUAGCUCAUGCUUAUUGAAUGAAUUGUACUUACUGAUUAUUUGCGACACACUGUCGCUUCCCGCAACCCAUCCCCUGUGAUCCUUAGGAUGCAACGUCCUAAGAAAGGAAUUUAGGGAUGCGGCUAUAGGUAAACAUGGACGUGCCCAAAGCAGAAGCAGUACAUGGCGAACCUUCCAGCAAGUUCGUCGCACGUCACAGCCUUCAGC